GUCAAAUGUGACGUUAUGCAUGUAGAUUUUGGUUUAAAGAAAAAUUCAACACCAAUUAAUUGUUGCAGUUCAUAAAUUUUACGGAUUUCAAUUACCGUUACCAAAUUAUUCUUCUAAUUUUUGGUGUGAAAUGACAUAAGUUUGUAGUUGGGAUUUUUUUUAAUUGGUUAAAUUGAGAAUACCUUUAUCAUGUCUAAGCCGAACAAUGAUUGUUAUACAGAUAACAUUAAAGUGAAAAUUUCCGAGAAAUAUAAGCCUCCUCCUCGCAUCAACGUAGCAGUAACCUAUGCACAGAGACUUACUUUGAAUAAACAAAUUGAAGACAAUAUACCAAAUUACGAAUUUUCUCUAGAGAAAACCGUUCUCAAUAAAAUGAAGGAAUGGAGAUCUAUAAGGCAAGGAGCCUUCGAAAACAGAAAAGACAGGAUAACAAAAGUAAGGGAAGACAUCAAUAAAAUGAAACAGGAUAGACUAGAACAGGAACAAGUAGAAGAAGUAGAGCUUAAGACUGUCAAUGAGGCUGAUAUGACUCCAUCGUGUAGUCAAAUAUUUGGAACAAAUUCAAAUCAAAAUUACGGCAAUUACUCCAUCAGCAACAUUCUUGUCCCCACCCAAAUGCCCCAAGCAUCCAUGCAAUUACACACUUAUCCCAAUAAACCAGCAAACAACAUUCAAAACGAUAAAAGCCCUUUUAAUAUCAAAGACUUUGAAAACGAUACAUCAAGUCCCUUCGACAACAUGGAACUCAAAUCCAUAAACGAUAUGGAAGAAUUAGCUCAAGUCCUCAAUAAAGACAAGAGUAAUUAUAAAGUAAAUACUCAAAUGUAUCCGAAUUAUCCUAGUGUUAGCAACUCGGCUAUUCAGCCGAGUUAUUCGAACUACAUGAGCAGUCAGUAUUCAUACAACAUUCCAAAUCAACCAUCGAAUUACGUACAGCCACCCGUCACUACCGAAUACUCCAGAACUAAUGGCUAUUACUACGAAACGAGUCCGUUCCAAGCGCAAUACAUGUACUCAUCGGGGAAACCCACCGACGUGAAUUUCUACAACCAGUUUUCCACGGGACCUGUAGACAUCAAAAAACCGAAUUGCAAAAGCGUUCCGGACAUCGUGAAAGCGUUGGAAGACGAAAUUGAAAAUACACACAUCAGCACGUCCACGCCGCAGGAGUCCUAUUUCAAAGUAGACAAAUCCGUGCAGUCUAAUCGACCUAAAAGCACGGAUCCUGUUCCCAAGGUCUGCAAUUCCGUGUAUCCCAGGCCGAAGAUCAAACCCGAGGAAUUGGGCAAUCCGUUUUCUGUAUUGACGAAAAGCGAACAGGAAUUUUGUAGGUCUAUAAGUUCUAUGGGAUUCCCUCUCAAUAGGGUAGCUAGGACUUGCCAACUCGUUGGAGACGAUCAGAAAAAGGUUGUAGACCAUUUGUUGGCGUUAACAGAUUUGUUAGAUUUAGGAUUUUCCGAAAAAGAUAUUUCAAAGGCUCUAAUGGAGUGUGAUAACGAUAAGGACAAAGCUUUGGAUAAAUUAAUAUCAUAAAUUUAUAUUUUUUAUGGCUGUGCUGUAUCAUAAUUUUUACGCUGAAAAAUGUAUUGUGAUUUAUAUUAAUUUAUUUGUAAAUAAUCAUUUGUAUUCACU